AUUUUCUCCUAUAAAUACCCCCAUACUCCCCUCCCCUAAACCAUCCCAUCUCCCUCCUAGCUAGCACAAGCAUAGUCGUCUCUUCUUUCUGCCUCCAGUUAUUAUCCACGAGCUAGUGCGCUGCAAUCAACUUAGCCAUGGCAUCCAAGGCCGUCCUCUUCUUGGCUCUUAACCUCCUGUUCUUCACAGUGGCCAACGCCUGCGGCAGCUGCCCGACCCCGACGCCGCCACCGCCACCGCCUCCUGCUACUACCCCACCCCCUCCAUCCAGCGGCAAGUGCCCGCUGAAUGCGCUCAAGUUCGGCGUGUGCGCCAAUGUGCUCGGCCUCGUCAAAGGCGAGGUUGGCAAGGUGCCUGCUGAGCCAUGCUGCACCCUCCUCGAUGGCCUUGUAGACUUCGAGGCCGCCGUCUGCCUCUGCACCGCCAUCAAGGCCAACGUGCUCGGCAUCGUCAUCGAUGUCCCUGUCAAGCUCAGCGCCCUCGUCAACUACUGUGGCAAGUGCGUGCCCAAGGGCUACAUCUGUGCGUAAGCUCCGCGCGGUUCCACGCUCGUACGUAAUUUAGCACGCACCCUGCAUGGCACACACAUGCAUUGUGUCUGCUGAUCUCUUCUGUCGUCCAGCUCAUUUGUGCACCUUCGAGGGUUCUACAAACCUGUAGAACCAUUCCGGCCAAAUACUUUUAUCAGUUCGCAUGUACCGUCGAUCUCUUUGCUGGAUUUCCAUUUUUCUUUUGUAUUUGAUCAUUUCUUCAUAAGAGUCCGCGACAUCUUCUCGAAGAACAAGGAGUGUUGCUUCUAGUUUUUAUAUUUAUGAAUCAUGUAAUCUGUUGAGAGUCAUUUGUUGUGUAUGUAAAAUCAAGCACUUGAACGUGUAAUACUUAUUCGAUUUGUUAAUUGUGUUAGCCAUUUGGUUAA